AUGUCUCUGCAGAGAGCGCCCUCUGACUAUUUGGCUUGGUCUAUCUUGGGAUGUCUGUUCUGUCUAUGGCCUGUGGGAUUAUGCGCCAUUUUCGCUUCUUUGGAUUCCCGCAGUAAAGCUGAUAGCGGAGACUACGAAGGUGCCAAAACAAGCGGACGACGUGCACUCGGAAUAAACACAGCCAACACCAUUCUUGGUGCAAUAUUGAUCACAGUCCUAACCAUUCUCAUGAUGUGAUCCGAGCAAUGAUGUUGAUGGCGGCAGAUUGAUUGUAUAUAAAUGAAAACAUCCGACCAUAUGAACUAAAAAAAAUGCGUUGUUUACAUUGGUUUGCAAAAAUCGUUUUGGUAUAUUUUCAUAUAAGCUUUACGUUUGAGAUUGUCAAAGUCGUUGCUUAUUGUUAUCUAACCUGAUAUAUGGAAGUUGUAUUUACUUUUCUCGAAUGCCUAAGUGAUUACGAUUUUAUCAAUUUCUUUUGUAACAAUAAAUACAUUCAUAUAUAGUGCUAACUGGAAUACUCUAACCUAGAAAAACUUCGCACACAAUGCAACUAGUAUAAGUAAUAUAACGAUAGUUUUUAACAUGAUAUUGAAGGAUAAGUAACU